AUGGGAUUCUUUCGAGAAAAACCGGACGCUCAGCCCUAUCCCGACGUGCCGCCCAGCCUCCACCAUGACUCGUUUGAGAUGCAGAAUUUCAAGCUCGGCAACCAGGCCGGGGCGGCCGGCCCGCCGCCGCCGCAGUACGACUCCGCCGGCAGCAUCACCCCCUACCUGGGCCUGCGGGCCCGCCUGUCGCAGAUCUGGUUCAACCGGUGGACCAUCCUGCUGCUGCUGGUCCUCAUCCGCGUGCUGAUCCUCAUCAGCGGCCUCCACGGCAACAUUGACGACGCGCAGGCGCAGGCGCUGGCGGCGUGCACCAAGGUCGAGGACGUCGGCAGCGCCAUGGCGUCGAUGCCGCAUUAUCUGAGCGUGGGCGUCAACGACCUGGCCGCCACGGGCAUCUCGCAGACCGUGCAGGGCCUCGUGGCGCUGCUGGGCAUGAUCCUGACGGGCGUCGAGCAGCUCAUUAUCUUUGUCAUCAACUUCUACAUCGGCACCUACGUGUGCCUGUCGUCGGCCCUGAUCCACGGCGGGCUGGACGUCGGCAUCGGCGCCGCCAACGAGGCGACGGACCUCAUGAACACCGCCAUUGGCAAGAUCACGACGACGCUCAAAAGCGACGUCAGCGGCGUGCAGGACGCCAUCAACGCCGCCUUCUCGACCAUUGCGUCGGCGUCGAGCAUCUUCGGCAAGACCAUCACGCCGCCGACGCUCGACCUGUCGGGCCCCAUCGACGACCUGUCCAACAUCCACAUCGACGACACGAGCUUCGUGCAGACGCUGCAGUCGCUGAACGCGACGAUCCCCACCUACGACGAGGCCGAGAACUUCACCAAGAACGCCAUCAGCAUCCCCUUCAACGCCCUCAAGACCGUCCUCAACAACACCUACGGCGCCUACACGUUCGACACCUCCGUCUUCCCCGUGGCCAAGAAGACGCCGCUCACCUUCUGCUCGGGCAACGACAACAUUACCCAGUUUUUCACCGUGCUCUACGACAUUGCCGACCACGCCAAGACGGCCUUUCUGGUCGUCCUGGUACUGCUCGCCGUCCUCGCCUGCGUGCCCACGGCCUUUAUCGAGAUCCGCCGCUGGCGCAGCCAGCAGCGCCGCGCCAAGGUGCUCGCGCAGCACGGCUUCGACCCGCUAGACGUCGUCUACAUUGCUAGCCGGCCCUACACGGCGGGCUUCGGCAUCCGCGUGGCCAGCCGCUUCUUCCAGGUCGGCAAGCGCCAGCUGCUGGCCCGCUGGGCCAUUGCCUACGCCACCAGCUUCCCGGCCCUGUUUGUGCUGUCCCUGGCGGCCGCCGGCUUCUUCUCCGUCGUCUGCCAGUCGAUCCUGCUGGCCGCCGUCCAGAAGGAGGCGCCCGCGCUGACGUCCGAGGUCAGCGGCUUCGCCGACGACGUCGUCUCGACGCUCGAAAACGUGUCGACCGCCUGGGCCCACGACGCCAACGGCGUGCUGCUCAACUUCCAGAGCGAGAUCAACAACGACAUUCUCGGCUACGUCGUCAACGCCACCACCGCCGUCAACCACACGCUCAACGUCUUCACCGCCGAGAUCAGCAGCGGCAUCAACGCCGUCUUCAACGGCACCGUGCUCGACAACACCGUCCAGCAGAUUGUGCGCUGCCUCAUCGGCAUCAAGAUCGACGCCAUCGAGGAGGGCCUGACCUGGGUCCACGACCACGCCCACGUCACCCUGCCCCUCUUCCCCAACGACACCUUCUCCGUCGGCGCCAAGGCCUCCAUCACCAACGACUCGUCGCUCACCUCCUUCUUGGCCGACCCGGGCAGCGUCACCAGCGACGACAUCACCGCCGCCGUCGACAAGGUCGUCACCGCCCUGCGCAACAGCGUCGUCCAGGAGGCGCUCAUCUCCACCGGCCUGCUGCUCGUCUACGUCGUCGUCGUCCUCGUCGGCAUGCUCCACGCCAUGACGGGCAUGGUGCGCCCAGACAAGACGCGCGGCGACGGCGGCCAGCGCUUCUAUCCGACGCCGGGCGACUUGGACGGUGAACCGACGAGCAACAGCGUGGCCCCCGCCAACACGGCAGCCCCCUUCUUCCCUCGCUUUGACGGCGGCGCCGAGACGGCGGCGGUCGAUGACGCCACAGCAGCGCACCUGCGCGAUGAGAAGCUGAGCGCGCGACGAAACAUCCCCGGGAGCAGCGGCAGCGGCAGCGGCAGCGGCAGUAUUUCUACCUCCAGCGUCGGCGGCGGCCGCCGCGUCGUGUACGAGAAAAAGGGCCACUGGCGCGGCAGCAGCUAUGGCGAUGUGGGCGAUGCCGGCGGCCGCUAG